AUGCUCUCCUUCUUCAACUGGGGCCCCAGCCCAAGCCCAGAAACAGACUCAAAGAAGCCGUCUCCAGCACCCUCCCAACCCGACUCCGUCCCCGGACCAACCGAACCGCAGCCGCAACCAACGCAACCAAUACACCCGCAACAACCCUCCCCAAAACCCCUCACAAACCUCAAACUCCUCUUGGGCGGGAUGACCUUCUUCACCCUCUCGCUGCUCAUCACCCGCCGCGCCUUCACCAAGCGCGUCCUCGCCUCCACGCCGCCCUACUGGACGUCGUCUGUGUACCACCGGCCCCCCGUCAACGGCGCGGGGGAUGCGUUCGAGGCGCUGAGCCUCGCGACGCUGAAUGUGUGUUCGUUUGCGAUGAUGGCUAGUGGCGGCGUGCUUUAUGCGCUUGAUAUCAAUGGGGUGGAGGAUAUGCGGCGGUAUGUGAAGAAGGAGAUGGGGACAGGGACGGUGCGGGAUGAGGAGGUGGAGAGGGAGGUGGAGGAGUGGGUUGCCAAGGUGUUGGGGGAGAAGUUUGGGAUGGACUUGAAGAAGGAGAAGGAGAAGGAGAAGGAGAAGGAGAAGGAGAAGGAAACAGAAACUGUUGGAGGGAAAGGGGAGUAG